CUUCAAACCGUGAAAUGCUUGCGCGUCAACCAAUAACUUUACGAAUAGAAUGGUGAAUCCUACUAAAUUCAUCUUAAAUGACAAUUAUCUUUAUCACAGAUGUCAUAUACUUAGUGUAAUACAUUUUCUAUCCUAGAAAAAUAUAGUUUAUAUGCUUGCGAUGAAAUGGUCAUUUAAUUACAAAGAGGAAAUUUGUUUGAUUAAAAAAUUAUAAAUAGAUACGAGAAGUCAGUAAUAUAGAAAAGUUAUGUCACUCCGAGAUGUCGCUGUACAUGAAAGCUCGUAUGUUGGUAGUGUGACAAGCUAGGGUUUUGCAAAAGCUACAAAUAAUUUUGGGUAGUGGCUUUGAGUAGCUUCGUAACCUAACGACGCGUGGUUGAUACGGUUUAUAUGUUAUUAAUAAUUUACCGGGGUUUUUGAAAUAAUUCUCAUUCUUUUACUGCCGAUUUAUUGUACAAAUCAGUGUUAGUGAUAACCGUUUUAGUGCUAAUUGUUUGCUUGUGCCGGUUUGUUGUUGCAUCUUCGUUAAGAAAAGUUGAUCCGACAAUGGGAAACAUUCACACCUGUGGUCCAAACGAAGCUCUCGUAGUAUCAGGAGGAUGUUGCGGAUCGAUGAAGAAGAGGACCAUCGUCGGUGGCUACGCCUUCGCGUGGUGGUGCGUCACCGACGUCCAACGGCUGUCUCUCGAAGUGAUGACACUGAAUCCCGUCUGCGAGAACGUCGAGACCGCCCAGGGUGUACCAUUGACCGUCACGGGGGUAGCGCAAUGCAAGAUCAUGAAGGCGGACGAGCUGCUGCACACUGCCAGCGAACAGUUUCUCGGAAAAAGCGUCCACGACAUCAAGUCGACGAUCCUUUCUACUCUGGAGGGCCAUCUUCGUGCGAUAUUAGGUACCCUUUCGGUGGAGGAGGUGUACAAGGAUCGAGAUCAGUUCGCGACUCUGGUGAGGGAAGUCGCGGCUCCGGACGUCGGCCGCAUGGGUAUCGAAAUCCUGUCUUUCACGAUAAAGGACGUCUAUGACGACGUUCAAUACUUGGCGUCUCUUGGCAAAGCUCAGACGGCGGCAGUUAAACGCGACGCCGACGUUGGCGUCGCCGAGGCGAACCGCGACGCCGGUAUCCGAGAAGCGGAAUGCGAGAAACUGGCGAUGGACACGAAAUACAACACCGACACGAAAAUCGAAGACAACGCCAGACUUUUCCAGCUGCAGAAAGCGAAUUUCGACCAAGAAGUGAACACAGCGAAAGCUGAGGCUGCGCUCGCGUACGAGCUUCAAGCAGCGAAAAUAAGGCAACGGAUACGAAACGAAGAGAUCCAGAUCAAAAUCGUGCAGAGGCGCAAGCAGAUCGAGGUGGAGGAGCAGGAAGUACGACGAAAGGAGCACGAGCUCCAGAGCACCGUGCGAUUACCGGCGGAGGCUGAGCAUUACAAAAUCGGAAGAGUAGCGGAAGGCAAAAGGACGCAGACUGUAGACGCAGCCAAAGCCGAGGCCGAGAAAAUUCGAUUGAUCGGAGACGCCGAAGCUCACGCUUUGGAGGUAAUAGGAGUGUCGGAAGCUGAGCGUAUGCGGAUGAAGGCUGUCGUGUACGAGAAGUACGGCGAAGCUGCCAUUCUGAACAUCGUUUUGAACGCUCUGCCAAAGAUCGCAGCAGAGGUAGCAGCGCCAUUGGGUAGAACGGAGGAGAUAGUUCUUCUAGGAGGGAACGACGCGACCAGCGGAGAAAUUACACGCCUUGUAGGGCAAGUACCUCCAGCUGUUCAAGCACUGACCGGUGUAGAUCUUUCAAAAGUGUUAGGAAAAAUACCAGGGGCUAAGUAAUGGCGAACAGAGUAAGACAGACCGGCGACCAGGCGAUCAGACAUUCGGAAUUAGCUGAGGAAAGGAGCAAAACUUUCUACUGCCAAAGGUUUCUCUGCUAUUCUAUCAUCCACUGGUGACACUCCACUUUUUUCUCAUUCCCGAAUUACUCUACCUCAAACGUAGAUGAAACCACGUUGAACACAACCGAUCGAAUCGGCCGUGUCUCCGCUAUAAAUACGUUUAACGCAUUCAGGACCAGCCGAUGCGCGGAUCGAUCGAAUGUAAUAUCCUGACACACGGCCGUGUUACAUCUGCGAGCUGCUGCCUAAUUUUAUUCUACCUUGUCCUGCUGGGGUUCGUUCGAACUAGCGGUCCACCAGCUAGUGAUUAACCACUUCGAUCGAAUCGUUGAGAAAGCAGAACCGCGCGGUCGGCGUAUGCGUCGAGAACAUUGAAGAGAGAACCAUCGAAGACGAAACUCUACGUCCUGAAUGUAUUAACGACGAUCACGUUUGCGACGCUCGCUCCUCGCGUUACACAUUGUCACGUAAAACGCACAUUGCCUAGUCAAUCUCUGUCACCAUCGUCCGUGCAUAACGUUUUCCGACGCGUUCCAUUCUUGCGAGUAUCGAGCCGAUCCGAUCGACGAAGGACUCUUGUCGUCGGCGGUCCGUAACCUCUUCCAUUGGCCACAGCUCGUACCGGUCAAGUCGGCGCGUAAGAGGUACAGGUUUCUCUCGGUGUCCUCCGAGUCGAUGCUUCGGAUGCAAUAAUUUCUAUCCAGUCUUACUAUCGAACUUACUAGAGAUCAGUGUUUUCAACCACGCCGGUAAGUCCCAUCGAUCGACAGCCGAUCGGUGUCGCACGCGGAAUCAAGAACGGAUCUUUCGUCGAAGCUUUCGUCGUCGAUGUCUCGAACGUUACACCCGAGACGCGACCGCGGUUGGGAGCAAACGAGACCGGAGAAGGAGAGCUAACACGAGGACAAGCAGAUAAUAACGAUCAGCAGCGGUUCACUUGCAAAAUUGAAGGAACUUGUGGCAGCGCGACGUAGCCGGGAAUCGAAUUAUGUAGGCGGAUGCGCGCCGUCGCAUACGCGUGAGUCUAUUGUGAUUGAAAACUUUUGAUCAUUGUGUUCAUCAUAACGUAAGUAACUUAACAAAGGGAAGAAGGAAAGGAGGAAAGAGAGAGAGCGAGCGAGAGAGAGAGAGAGAGAGAGAGAGAGAGGGAGAGAAAGGACGAGCGAAAGAGAGAGAGAGAAAGACGGAACGUUUGGACGGAAUAUUUAGCGACGUGGAAGUCAACCGUCCGUAAUUGUUGUACAUAUUCAUAGUAACCUGUGUAUAAUAGAAGCUGAAGGUAUCUGUCUUGCUUGUUAGAACGAUACGCGACGGAACGGGCUAAUCUAAACAGUCACUGGUGCUCGUUCACUUCGUUUCUUAGCUCUUGAAGUCUUUAGUGAAUUAUAGUGAUACUAGGUAGGGAAUAACAUGACAAGGCGUUUUUCACCAGUGAACACUGAGAAAAAUUGAUAGCGAUUAGUAUCAUAUUGAAGUUUGGAAAUAGUUGCAGUAGCAGCAUGUAUAUUUAGGGCUAAUGUUAAUAUUGUUCUCGAAUGAAGUAAUGAUAUUUGUAGAAAUGUACGGUUAAUGUUGAGCUCUCUAUUUCGAAUGAAGUUCGUUUGAACCCUUUCACGCCGCUUAAUUAAUUUAUAAAUUCGUGAUCUUUUAUUUUACCGCAAAAGCUGGUACAGCUUAGGACACGUGAAGCAAAUGAGCACGAGUGAUCCUCGUUCGUCGCGUUCGUAUCCAAAAUUCUCUCGUUUGACCACGCAUCGGAAAACUAACCACAUUACCGACAAGUAUAUUACUAUUCCAAACCGGAGAAAGUGCCAAUUUGUAAAUACAAUAUCGUCUCGCCGCCGUAGCAAAAGAAUAUAAUAUUUAUACCGCAUUACGAGCAUUCCGUUGUAUCGCACUUUAUUAUUAUGUUAACAGUGCUUGCAUCAAGCUGACCUUAACACAGUAUUUAUGAGUUUGUUCGGUGAAUACUUGGACGCGGAAGCCUUCCGCUUUCUGAACUUUACGGUUUUAAUAAAAACACACAUUUCUGUUAAUCGGUUCACACCGAGUUAUUCCGCUAUGAUUCUGUCAGUAAUUUUUAGAGAGUAAAUCUACAUAUAUUGCGUAAUUACUGCUUUGCAAUUUAACACUGUAUCUUUCAACUUUCGGUAGUUUUUUUAUGAUAUCUUAAUAUGAUAAAUAAUAAAAUAAGUAGAUUAAAAUUAGUUGGAAGUUCUGUGGCUUUGUAUCAUGGUGGAUGCAAACCAUCGCUUGAGAAGCAAAUUAUCAUUUAUACUUUAUAUAAUGAAGUGUCAAUAUUCAGCUAGUAAAUGCAACACUUUUCUUUGCCGCUUUCAUAUGUUUGUAAAUUUACUCUUUAUAUAUCCUGCAUUGCAGUAAUACCGAACAUUUAAAAAUCAGCUGUAUAUUUAAUGCAAUGGAUUGAAGACUAUUACAGAUACUUUUAAUAUUAUUUAUAUACAGUAAAUUCUACUCGAAACAGUUACUAUAAUUUUUUCAGUUAUAUGAAAUUGUAAUGUUAGUGAAAAGAGACUAAUGAAAUAUUUUUCAUCCCAUUCUACUUUGAAUAUUUUAUCACAUUGAUAAUGUGAGGUCUUCAAACCAGUGCAUAGGAAGCAAAUUCUUACUCUUUCCUUUGCAAACUGUCAUAUAUAUACAUAUACAUAUAUCUAUUAAAUACUGAAAAGGGAAGUGCAAGAACAUAAAAUUGUCAGCCAUUAAAGAUACGUCUUCCCCUCCAACAUGAGAAACAGAAGCGAAAGAAAGGUGAGAGUAUAGUACAUUUAGAUCAGUACAAAAGAAAAAAGAAAUGAUAAGUGAGAACUAAUUUCAAAGGGAGAUUAUAUUCAAAGCGAUCGUUGAAAGUGGUCAUAAUCUGUAACUACAAGGUCUAUGUCCACAUAAUAUUUUUAAUAAUAAGAAGAAGUCGAAGCUGUAGAUGUCGAUUGUAUUAAAGUAGAAA